UUGAACAAUGAACGCAGAGAAAAGAGAGAGAAGACACUCUUUUAGUCUUUAGCAAAAAGGCUCCUCCGUGUUGUUCUUGAGGGUUUUCAGACAGUGAAAGAGAAAAACAAAAGAUGAGAGGACCUCUGGGAGCUGUGAUUGGAAGAUACACCUCAAGCGACGGGAGUGACAAAGAUGGGAUCAUCAAACACAACAGAAAGUGCAGAGACAUUACCUUUCUCGUCAUCUUCAUUGCCUUUUGGGUCUCAAUGAUUGUUAACUCCAGCUUCGGCUUCAACCAAGGAAACCCAUUAAGACUCACGUAUGGAUUGGACUACGAAGGGAAUGUGUGUGGCAGCAGCCACCGUCACCGUGACCUUGCUCAGCUCGAGCUUAGAUACUGGCUAAACCCCAACCAAGUCUACGAAAGCGGUUUGAAAGACGGAGAGACCACAUUGGCUAACGCUAGAACCAUCUGUCUCUUGGACUGCCCUGAGCCUUCGGAUGAUACUCUCAGCUGGGUCUGUGACUAUCCAGACGGCGAGAUACGUCUCAAGAUGGAUGAUUGGAUCGACAGGAACUAUGAUUACUUUGAGUUUCUUACUCCGGAGAUGAGGAACUCUUCUCUUCAGCUUCAGGGUCCUUGUUACCCUUUAAUCUUCCCUAGUGUCAAUGUUUAUUGGAGCUGCCAGUAUAUAGCACGUGCUUCGAACUCAUCACUGCGGCAUUGGGAGCAGAUGGGUGGUGUGAGUAUUCAGGAGGAUAUGAUCAUAGACAAAUCUAUCAGAAGAUCAGUGAACUCUCGUGCCUCGGUUCUUAAGCGCUAUGUGGCUGAUGUUGGCAAGUCAUGGCCGGUUCUGAUUGUUUGUGGAGGCCUUGUCCCGUUGUUUCUAUCCAUUGUUUGGCUGCUCCUUAUACGUCACUUUGUUGCUGCCAUGCCUUGGAUAACUGUUGUCCUUUUCAACACGCUUUUGAUAUCUGUGACCAUCUUCUACUACUUGAAAGCUGGGUGGAUUGGGGAUGAUGCUGUGACACCUAUUAUCGGUGAGCAUGAUCCAUACAUUCAUGUGUAUGGUCGAGAGCGGACUCAUGUCCGUAUAGUCGCCCUUCUGAUGACUUUCAUCUCAGCUGUUGCUAUCCUCACUUCUAUAGCCAUCAUUCGCCGCAUCCUUAUGGCCACAUCAGUCCUCAAGGUAGCUGCUAAAGUGAUAGGAGAAGUGCAAGCUCUGAUCAUAUUCCCAGCUAUACCAUACGCAAUGCUCGCAAUAUUCUACAUGUUCUGGCUAUCUGCAGCUCUCCAUCUAUUCAGCUCCGGUCAAGUUGUUGAGAACAACUGCAACAACACCAACUGCUGCGCGUACGAUCUCGUGUUAAAGAAAGUAAACUGUGAGCAUUGCUGUGGUUACAGCAUACGUUACACUCCUCACAUCACCGUUGCCAUAUUCUUCCAUCUAUUUGGUUGCUAUUGGGCCACACAGUUCUUCAUUGCGUCUUCAGCCACAGUGAUUGCUGGCUCAGUUGCUUCUUAUUAUUGGGCUCAAGGGGAGGAAGAAGCGUCGCCGGAGAUACCUUUUCUUCCUGUUUUCGCCUCGAUGAAGCGGCUUGCACGUUAUAACUUAGGAUCAGUGGCUCUUGGUUCGCUUGUUGUCUCUUUUGUGGAGUCUGUUAGGUUCAUUUUAGAAGCUAUUCGACGUAGGACAAAAGUGAGUGGGACAAGACCUGAUCACUGGCUUGGGAGGAUGGGUUAUUACACUUCACGUGGCUGUCUUAAAAGCGUUGAGUGGACUAUCAAAUCAGCUAACCGCAAUGCUUACAUAAUGAUUGCUAUAACGGGGAAAAGCUUCUGCAAAUCAUCAGCAAUAGCUACAGAGCUGAUUAGAAACAACAUUAUGAGGAUAGGGAAGGUGAAUGUGAUAGGAGAUGUGAUAUUGUUUCUAGGGAAGCUUUGUGUGAGUCUCUUCAGUGCUCUCUUUGGGUUUCUGAUGUUGGAUUCACACAAGUACCGGUCUUCUCACAACAAAGUCUCCUCCCCUCUCUUACCCGUUUUGGCGUGCUGGGCUUUGGGGUAUGUUGUGGCUACACUUUUCUUCGCGGUGGUGGAGAUGUCGAUAGACACGAUCAUACUCUCGUUCUGUCAAGACUCGGAGGAGAAUGAAGGGAAUGCUCAGCAUGCGCCGUCUCUUCUGCUUGAAACUUUAGAUAGCAAUCAUGAGGAAGAGGUCACUGAUGAUAGAUUCCAUACUAUAUAAGUUUUGUUUCUUCUUUAUAUGGUUUCAAGAAGUGGGAUCUUUUUUCUGUCAAAACAUUAUUAGACAAGUAUUUUUGUAAUGUCAGAUGAUGGUUUGAUGAUU